CACCCUCUUUAACCGAAAAAGGCUACUCCUGACAACAACAAAAAAGCCCUGUGCACAAACCCCGUGAUACCAGACCGUGUAAAAAGGGAAAUAAAGUGGUGCACAAGUACAGCUACAGUAAAUGCAGUGACAUCAUCCUGUAGCCCGCUAACGACAACCAUGAUUAACAUUUUAAAGCUAAUAUUCAGUUCUGAAGAUAAACAAGGUGUCUGUUAGUCAUGUUAAUGCUGUUAGUCUGUACUGUAUACUAGGUUUGUUUAUUUAUUUACCGUUUGCUUUGUAUUGUUGGUGUCUCUGGAGUGACAGCUGCACAAACAAAGCCAAUUAAAAGGCAGCUUGAUCAAAAUCUACGUGGAUGUGACUUUGUUGUUCGAGCUCCAACAGCAUCAGGAGAACCAGGAGAACACACAGGGACACACUGUAGGUUGCUGUGGUUCAUGGACAGUCAGUUCUCUCCUGUGUGAACUUCCCCGCAGUGCAAAUCACAACCCCUUCCUGUCGCACCUCGUCCAUUUCACCUUGACUCUGCACACGUGUCCUCUCAUCUCUCCAUUCCUGCACUUCCCCACUCCAGCACCACCUUUUUGCCAUCUGGUCACUGAGGGAGUUGGGAUGAUGCCAGUCAUGCACACCGUCGUUUCCUAUUUCAACCAGGGCUAAUCAGAGGUGUCUCCAAAAAUACCCAUCCUCACCACACACUACGGCCAGCGAGAUGGGUGACUGUAGCUGGGUGUGUUUGAGCCCAGCCGAGUUUUCCCAACUUCAGCAAUACAGCGAAUAUUCUUCUAAAAAACUGAAAGAUGUUUUGGACGAGUUUCAUGGAAAUGGUGUACUGUCCAAAUACAACCCAGAGCAGAAGCAAGAUGUUCUCAACCAACCUAUCGAUUACGAAGGCUUCCAGCUCUUCAUGACCACCUACUUGGAGAAUGACAUCCCGGAGGAACUGUGCCAACAUCUCUUCACUUCUUUCAAGAGUAAGACUGGAGCAAGCAGUUCCCCCGAUAUUCCACGCACAGGAGCAGCACUGCUCGAACCCAAGUCGAUUGAUGCAGGUAUCUCAAUUCAGACAGAAGUGGCCUGCGCUCCUAUAACAGGGAUGAAUGGGAAAAGUAUUCUCAGUGCUAUGGGCAGACACACUCCAGAGCACCCAGUUGGUGUGAUGCCUGGAUCUGGUGCUACCACCUCACCAUGCUCAUCCCGCUCCUCCUCACAACGCUCAGGCACAGGGGGUCACACUCCUCAUUGCUCACCUAAACCCUCAGCAGGUAGCAGCUGCAAUGCUCUGGCACCCUCCAAGAGUUGCAACUCCCCUCGUCUCUCCCCAGAGCGAAGUCGAUCAGGCAAGGGGGUGUCUCUGAGGAAAAGUCCAUCCCCUCAGAAGAGCUCCACUCCUUCCACACCACAGAUCGUCUUCCUGAAAGACAUUGUGUGCUACCUCUCUCUGCUGGAACGAGGGACUCCAGAGGACAAACUAGAGUUCAUGUUCCGGUUGUAUGACACGGAUGGGAAUGGCCUGCUGGACAGCUCAGAGCUGGACCGUAUCAUCAAUCAGAUGGUCCAUGUAGCAGAAUACCUUGAAUGGGACUCAACAGAGCUGAAGCCGAUCUUGAAGGAGAUGAUGGAGGAGAUUGACUAUGACCAUGAUGGAACAGUCACACUAGAAGAGUGGAUCAGAGGGGGAAUGACCACUAUCCCCUUGCUGGUACUGCUGGGUAUGGAGACGAAUGUACAAGAAGAUGGGCAGCAUGUAUGGAGACUGAAGCACUUCAACAAGCCAGCAUACUGUAACUACUGUCACACUAUGCUGUUAGGAGUGCGCAAACAAGGCCUUUGCUGCUCACUAUGCAAGUACACAGUCCAUGAGCGCUGUGUGUCCAAAAACAUUGCUGCUUGCAUCAGCACUUAUGCCAAGUCCCGCAGACACACCAAUGCUAUGCAGCAUGUAUGGAUGGAGGGCAAUUCUCCAACCAAGUGCGAUCGAUGUCACCGCAGUAUCAAGUACUACCAGGGUCUUACUGGCCUUCAUUGUGUUUGGUGUCAAAUUACCCUCCAUAAUAAGUGUGCAUCACAUAUGAGGGCAGAUUGCGAUGGUGGAGCACUGAAAGACCACACCCUUUUGCCAUCUUACAUCUGCCCUGUUGUACUGGACCGUCACUCUGUAGUUAAAAGAGGAGAGGGCGAGUCAUCCCCCAACACCAGUCCUGAUGACUCCAAUCAGUGCUUUAAGUUCACUGGAGAUGGUCAAGCACUACAGAUCACCCCUCUUCCUGGAACACAUCCUCUACUGGUGCUGGUUAAUCCAAAGAGUGGUGGAAGACAAGGAGAAAGGGUAUUGCGGAAGUUCCAGUACCUGCUUAACCCCAGACAGGUUUACAGUCUAGAUCGUGGAGGACCCAUGGUAGGAUUGAACUUUUUCCGUGAUGUGCCUGACUUUCGAGUAUUAGCCUGUGGAGGAGAUGGAACAGUGGGCUGGAUCUUGGAUUGCAUAGAUAAGGCUAAUUUUGCCCGCCACCCUCCUGUUGCCAUCCUGCCGCUAGGUACUGGAAAUGACCUGGCACGCUGCCUUCGUUGGGGUGGAGGCUAUGAAGGAGGCAAUCUUCUCAAGUUCCUCAGGGACAUUGAGCACAGUAGUGAGGUGGUACUGGACCGCUGGAACAUUGACAUUUCGCCUGAUGACAAGGAAGAAAAGGGAGACCCUGUGCCAUACAGCAUAGUCAAUAAUUACUUCUCCAUUGGUGUGGAUGCAUCAAUAGCUCACCGAUUCCACUUGAUGAGGGAAAAACAUCCUGAAAAGUUCAACAGCAGGAUGAAAAAUAAGCUCUGGUACUUUGAAUUUGGCACCACUGAGACCAUUUCAGCCACAUGCAAGAAGCUGAAUGAGAGUGUGGAAGUGGAGUGUGAUGGCAUCAUUCUGGACCUCAGCAGCACGUCUCUGGAGGGGAUUGCUGUGCUCAAUAUUCCCAGCAUGCACGGUGGCUCCAACUUGUGGGGAGAGACCAAGAAGAGACGCAACUACAACCGCAUGAGUAAGAAACUACCUGAAAGGAUGUGUGUCAGCACCGUCACUGACGCCAAGGAACUUAAAUUCUGUGUGCAAGAUCUGAGUGACCAGCUGCUUGAGGUGGUGGGCUUAGAAGGGGCCAUAGAGAUGGGCCAGAUCUAUACAGGCCUCAAGAGUGCUGGUCGUCGCCUUGCCCAGUGUGCCAGUGUCACCAUCAGGACAUCCAGACCUCUGCCUAUGCAGAUUGAUGGGGAACCAUGGAUGCAGCCUCCAUGCACGAUACGAAUUACACACAAGAAUCAGGUGCCCAUGCUGAUGGGUCCUCCACAGAAAACCCCCUUCUUCUUUUUCAAGAAGCGCAACAGAAGUCGGGACUAGGCUCACCUUUAACACACACACACACUCACACAUACACAUACACACACACACACACACAGACUCACACACAGACACACACUCACACACAUGUAUCUUCACUAAUCUCAGCCACAGUAUCUGUGCUGCUGGUAUGGUGAAGAUGGACAUCUAAGAGGAAAACUAGUACAGAAGUCCAGUUCUUUAUAGAUGGACAAAAAUUAAACCUUUAUCUUGCACAGACAAAGGACUGUAGUUGCCUAAACAUUAGAGACUUCAGUGAAAAAGCCAACCCAGCAAUUCCUGACCAAUUCCUGUGUGUUUGAAUCUCUGAUAUUCCUACAAUGAUCUGUACAUUGUUAAUCAUUCCUGUCCAGAGCCACGACCACCAUUCUAUUGACUUUGUAUCCUACUGUGCUUUCUCACUUCCUAUGAGUAGGUUCAUCAGAAAAUACUGACUUGCAGAGAAAGAAGGGAAUCGAUAUAUGAAGAAUAAUCUAAGGUGCUCAGGAACAUCUUUAAAAAGAGUGCGAUAUCUAGUACUAAGGCCAGGGACGACAACGUGCAUAUUCACCCUGUUGAAAGUCAUAGUGGGUGGGGCACAGCAAACUGGUCAUGAAAGUGUCUACUGAAUUAUAUAUCAGUUCAUGGAGAUUGUUCACUCACCCAACUCUUUAAAAUACCCACAACAUGCCACUACUUAAAGAGGUAAAACAGAGAACUCAUCUUUUAUGCAGUGUGUAGAUUAUGGGCUGUGUUCUGAUGAGAAGAGGAAGGCCCUACCAUUUGCUUCUGACCUAUCUGGUGUCCACCUUCAAACAGCUGAUAUCCAAUUUCAUAAAAUACAUGGUAUACUGGUAGGUGUAGAUACUACAGACACUGUUAAGAGGAUACUCUAUGGAGGUAAAACUUGUGUUUAGCAAAAAAAUAUAUAUUUUUAGUUAUCAAGAGAGUGGUCCUUUUCCUAGCCUCAAUUACUCAUCAGUCUGGGUGUGAACUAUAGGUUGUGUAAACAAGUGUCAGAAAUGAAUCUCUCAGGCCAUAUCUACAAUAUUAAGUAGAUGUCAUUGGAUUAAAACCAGCCGUAUGGUCCUGCAUGGGUAUCUAUCUGACCAUUAUCCUAAAUAUAUCACCCUAUUUCAGGCACUAUCUUUCCCAAGAAACACUAUACCUAAAUACACCCUGAAACCAUCAGCUCAUAAUUUUCAAGUCUGAUGACAGGGGUGUUAAAACACCUAAAUCAUCCAUGUAGGAAAAUAAAUCUCUGUUACUGUGUUUGUGCCAAUGUCCAAGCUACAAAAAUAUUCAUGUUCUGAUGGCUGGACACCAUAUAUGCUGUGAAGUAACUUUUUUUUAACCUUUCUUAUAUAGCCAAUGGAAAUAAUAUCAGCAUUAGACUAAAGAUGCCUACCAUCAUGUAUAUUAAUACACAAUAGUUGUAUAUGUCUGAGAAACUUGUGUGCGCAUGUGUUUUUAUGAUAUAACUUGUAGAGUAAUAUGUACAGUAAUAUGGCUUUAGAGACUAGUGGUGUUAUCUCACGGGUGACAUGAAUGACUGAUAUAUUGUCCCUGAUAUAGAUAAACACUCUAUGAUAGUCAGAUAUAUUGGCACUGUGUAGAACCAUGCGCCUAAACGUUAAAUUACUUAAUCUUUUCCAUUUAGAUCUGGGAUCAUAUUAGUUUGUUUUAUUCAUCUGAGAUUAUUUAACUUUUAAAGUUUGACAUUUUUAUGGUAAUUUUAGAUCAGCAUUGAUUGUAUAGCUGAUGUUUUCAAAACACAAUUCUCCAAACAGGCAGGCUGUUCUGCUUCUGGUUCCCUUUAAUGAAUACCAAAUCAAAGAUAUAGUAUCAAGUACCAAGAAAGUGCACAUUUGUCUAGAUGACUACAGGAUAUGGCUUUGUUAUGUCCAAUCAAAGCUCAAGUUAUUCCAAUUAAAAGUAAUAGUGAAUUCACUAGAACUUGAUUGUCUCCUGUGGUCAUCAGACAGUUGUCUUUAAUGGUCCUCUGGUGCUUAAAGAAUGAUGGUUUGGUUAUGAGUGCAUGUUUACAAUUUCAUUUCAUUUUACAAUUUAGAAUGAUGUUUGCUGUAUAGAUAUUUUAUCUGACAUGACACCACUGCAUGCCUACUGAAGCAAAGAAGACAACAAUGUCUGCUCGAAGAGAGACCAUGACCUGCCAACUUCUCAUGAUUAUAUUCCUAGACCUUUUCUAUUUUUGCUCAAUGGUUGUAGCCUACUGUCUUUAUUCAUUGUGUUUAACCAUAAUAUGUUUGAAACAUGUUCAUGGUAAAAAAAAAAAAGCUGUUCUUUGUUAAAUUAUCUGCAUAGAAAUGUGGGGCACCCAAAUAAUAUGUCAAAAGGGAUCAAAAUUAACAUUCCUCCCACAGGCAUCCUCAUCCCGGAUACAUACCAAUGUCAUGAUAUUUUUCAUGUAUGUUAAUAUACAGUAAAUAACAAGUAAACAGGAAACACAAAAAGCCUAAAGUUUUGCCUAAAGUGGAACACAUGCAAUACAAAUUGAAUAUUCAACCAAAAAGUCUUUACAUUUUGUCACCCAUUACCAUUAUUUGUGUCUUUUGGACCUUCCGUAAUAUUAAGAGCAUCAUCCAAUGUGUGUCUUGACAUCGCAAAUGUUUUCAAAGUCUUUUGUCAAAAAUAUUUCACAUGCACUCUGAACAUGUAACACUGUGAUAUAAUCUAAAACAAAUGCUAUUUCUUGACUGAAAACUUUAGUACUUCAUUUUACCAUUAGGACCUGAAUAUUCUGAUGAAACCCGGUCUCUGAACAAAACCUGUUCUUUUAACAAAAACAGAGAGUAUGCUAUUAAAAUGUCUAGUAUCCUUUCUGCAUUGUUUUUUUUUUCUUAUGGUUUUAAACAGUAUUAUAUGACAGAGAUACAGUAGAGCUAAUAUUAUCCUACAGGUCUGUAUAAACCUAUGUCCUUUGACUUAGUGGGCUUGCCGGAUCUCUAUCUGUGUAGUAGCAUGGGUCAAGGGCACCAUUCAAACCCUGAGCCUUGAACUGAAAUGUGAUUCAAGAGAAAAGAUUGAUUACUUCUUUUCCUGACCCUUUUAUUGCCUGUCCACUUUAGCACUCAUUCAUUGUAGGCAUCCAUGUUGAUGGACAAAAGAUUUAUUGAAUUAAAGGGCAGCUUGCGAACUGA